UGUUGUCGGGGGGCCCCACGCAAUACUCGCUGCCAGUCGUCGCUUCCGACACCUCGGGAAAGGCACCGACGAAUUUGAUCGGUUCCGACACCCUUGCAACAGUUCCGGCACCCUUGCGACAGUUCCGGCACCCUUGCGACAGUUCCGGCACCCUUGCAACAGUUCCGACACCCUUGCAACAGUUCCGGCACCCUUGCGACCGUUCCGACACCCUUGCGACCGUUCCGACACCCUUGCAACAGUUCCGACACCCUUGCAACAGUUCCGGCACCCUUGCGACCGUUCCGACACAUUUUAUUCGGCCCCGACACCGUUGCAACAGUCCCGACACCCUUGCAACAGUCCCGACACCCUUGCAACAGUCCCCGACACCCUUGCAACAGUCCGACACCCUUGCAACAGUCCCCGACACCCUUGCAACAGUCCCCGACACCCUUGCAACAGUCCCCGACACCCUUGCAACAGUCCCCGACACCCUUGCAACAGUCCCCGACACCCUUGCAACAGUCCCGACACCCUUGCAACAGUCCCGACACCCUUGCAACAGUCCCGACACCCUUGCAACAGUCCCGACACCCUUGCAACAGUCCCCAACACCCUUGCAACAGUCCCAACACCCUUGCAACAGUCCCCGACACCCUUGCAACAGUCCCCGACACCCUUGCAACAGUCCCCGACACCCUUGCAACAGUCCCGACACCCUUGGAACAGUCCCGCCACCCUUGCAACAGUCCCGACACCCUUGCAACAGUCCCGACACCCUUGCAACAGUCCCGACACCCUUGCAACAGUCCCGACACCCUUGCAACAGUCCCGACACCCUUGGAACAGUCCCGACACCCUUGGAACAGUCCCAACACCCUUGCAACAGUCCCGACACCCUUGGAACAGUCCCGACACCCUUGGAACAGUCCCGACACCCUUGGAACAGUCCCGACACCCUUGCAACAGUCCCGACACCCAUGGAACAAUCCCGACACCCUUGCAACAAUCCCGACACCCUUGCAACAGUCCCGACACCCUUGCAACAGUCCCAACACCCUUGGAACAGUCCCGACACCCUUGGAACAGUCCCGACACCCUUGGAACAGUCCCGACACCCUUGGAACAGUCCCGACACCCUUGGAACAGUCCCGACACCCUUGGAACAGUCCCGACACCCUUGCAACAGUCCUAACACCCUUGGAACAGUCCCGACACCCUUGGAACAGUCCCGACACCCUUGGAACAGUCCCGACACCCUUGGAACAAUCCCGACACCCUUGGAACAAUCCCGACACCCUUGCAACAAUCCCGACACCCUUGCAACAGUCCCGACACCCUUGGAACAGUCCCGACACCCUUGGAACAGUCCCGACACCCUUGGAACAGUCCCGACACAUUCUAAUCGGCCCCGACACCUGUCGGUGGUGGUGUUCUUGAAAUUUCCAACAAGUCAUCAGAUGUCUUUUAAUUUGUUAUGUAAUGAUCUCCCACUGGACCCACAAUGA